AAACAACGACUCGACCUAACGAAACGACGAAACGCCAUAACUAAACGACGAAUCGAACAUUUUGUCCAGGAUCUACCCUCAUACAUGGUACCAACCCAUUACCGACAGCCAGACCGUAGCGAUGUGAAAUGAAUCCGUCGCGGGCACUGUGGUCUUAUUUAGUAUGUAUGUCAAGCUUUAUUGGCCAAGAUCAAAAUGAAAAUAUACAAAGGUAAGGAAUUAAAGCUCAAAAGGGAUGGAUACCAACGGGAGACUUGUACGGGGUGCGUCAGUACCCUGGGGAAAUGUAAGAUUUUAAAAUAUGUAUAGAAAAAAAAAUUAAAUCUAGUUGUAGUGAGAAGAAAAUCAAAUUGUAGGAGAAUCUAGUUGUACAAAUUUGUCAUCUAAAUGUAGAGAAAUCUAAAGGAAAUGAAAAAUAAAAUAUACAAAUAUAUAAAUAAUAUAUAUAUAAAUACACAUAUAAGUAUAGAUUUGGUUAGUGACAUGAACAUUCGCGAGAUAUUGACCAUGAGCAAACCAUGUCCUGAUCAAAGACAUUUAUUGAAAGAGACUAGCACAAGUUCUUCAAAAAUGAUUUAGAACAGCUAAAAGAGGUGAAAACCACUAGGGAAAGCUUGAUAGCAUAAGGGGUUCCACAGUUUUACAAUACGGACAAAAUAUGAGGCUUGCAAAGUGCUGUUCUUACAGGCCGGAAAAGUUAGAUAACAGUCAGCAAACUGACCAGGGCGUGUUAGUGGAUGAUUAUUAAAAGUUACGUAAUCAAAGACGUCAGUUUUAAUGUAACUGUAAAAAGCUUUGUAAAAGAAAACGAGAUCCUUGAAUUCUCUAUCGUAAGCAAGAGGCAGCAUAUGCAAGGCGAGCAGUCUCCCCCCAUAGGACAUUUGGCCUGGCUUCAAAUUUAAGAUCCAUCUGGAGGCACGUCUCUGAACUUGCUCAACCCUAACUUAUAGUGACCUCUGAGUGGGAGACCACGCUUCAGUAGCGUAACAAAGGUGGGGCUUCACAAUUGCUAAGUACAAGGACCUUCUUGCUGCCACUUUAGUUAACAAGGGAGAUGAUCUCCUCAGCAGACCUAAAACUUGGUUUGCUUUUGUCAGUCCUAGGUAAGUUUGUCCAAGAUAACUACACCCAGAUCCUUCUCCUCACGCUUGUGCGGUGACUUUUCAGGGCCUUAAAAAAUAGUCUUGAAAUAAAGGCUUUUUCUUGCGCGUUUUAGUUAGAACUUUGCAUUUAGAGGCAUUGAAUCGCAUGUUAUUGUCGUAACUCCAGGAGUGGAGGUUUGUCAGAGCUUGUUGUACUCGUUCACAAUCUGCUAUAGACGGGAUAGAACUGAAGACUUUGAUGUUGUCCGCGUAGAGAGCAGAUUGACUACCUUCCGGUAGGACACUAGGUCAUUAAUAAAAAGGGCAAAUAAAACUUAGCCAAGUAGGCUGCCUUGAGAAACUCCUGAUCUAACUGGGGCCCAUUGCGAGGCAACGCCAUUCAAAAUGACCCUGAAAACUAGGCAAGCGUGCCGCCUUACACACCAUAUCGUUUGAGCUAUCACUGCAGAGCUUGGAUUUGUUUGAAAAAAAGACCUUUGCCUUUCAAAUCGUGUCGGUGUCCCAAUACAUUUAAUUAUUAGGAGCAUACACUCUCGUUUUCCGUAGGUUUCUCUCGACAGUUGCCGCAAGAGAACCACUCGCGAUUUGCAAGACGUGAACGACUGAGCGGGUGGACGGUUCUUGAAACUCAAUUUCCUGACUCUCUCUCUCUCUCCUGAGCAGGGUACCAGCUUCCCUAAAGUCGAGCCAUGUUUCGUUUGAAACAUAAAUAGAUGUAUUACACCCUCUCGGCUAGAUUAAAAUCCAAGUAGAGAAUUUAUUAGGUGGCGCUCUCCUCGCCGCUGUUUUCCUUGUUUGCAUCCAUUUCAGCGGGGAUAUAAAUUAGCAUGCUUGACUAUUGCUACGUCAUAGUUUCGUCAUAACAAAGAUGGCGGAUUUCAAUUUCAAGAUGCCAAUUUUUAGAGCAUAAUUGUUCGCAACUAAAAUGCUUUUAGCUCAAAUAAACAGCCAGUUGGGACAGAGCAAAUAAGGAACUUUUGAUAUAAGUAAACUUUCUCUAGAUCUUACUUUCUCUUUAAUGCCAAUGAUGUAAUUGUCGCUUUUUCUAAUGAGCUAUUGGAUUAUGAACCUGUAUGUAUCAUCAAUGCUACAAAAUCCUGCAAUGCCAAAUUACAGAAGAAAAAAGCCCCAAGAAGAAUAAGCGGCAAGGAUGCUCAAUUCCUACAACAAAGAUUGUUAAUGGUUUGAAUCUACGAACAAAAACACCAGCCAAGAACUUAAAACGUAUUUUGCAAUGACUUGCAUGUCCGCUUGGCUCACAUGCUUUGCCGGCUCGCACUUUGUAACGACCCUUUGUAGUGGCUUUCGAUAUAAACCAUGUUGAUUCCGCAUUUACAUUUUCAGCAGGUGAAAAAUACAACAUCAGUGAACUGUACUCUGGAAUGAUUAGACCUUCCCUUCCACCCUUUUUUUAAGCAGGAAAUGGAAAGGACAAAUGCUUCGCUUUGCAACUUAAUCAGGAUUUAAGGAGAAUAAAGGGGGUGCGAAUUCCCCUUUUAUCACUUUUUACCAGAAUGCAAUUAACCAGAGUGCACUGCGUCACAUUGUUGUGUUAUAGAACCAUAGUAACCUUCAAAGUGUGUGCCAAGUAUAACAGCCAUGCAGCACAAUCCUGCUGUUUUGAUCCUUGUUCAAGUCGUGGCAAUAUGUCUACAAACGAGGCAUGUGACUGAAGCUGCAGUGGUCAACAAUUGUACCAGUCCGGUUCAUUCUACUGCUUCCUGUGACGAAAUCACAUACGAGCAAGUCUAUGACAUCUUAACAAAGUCAGAAAACAGCUUUAACAUUGAAUCAGCUCUUUUUCCACCCAAGAGGCCCUCUUCAGUUCUUGUACGUGUAAAUGUCUAUGGCCCUACUGAAACAGAACUUUCGACUCCAGCCGCCAAGUAUACCUGGAGCAUAUCUGGCUUUUAUGCUGCUUUUCCUGCGAAAGUCCUUGAAUUUUGGUCUUUAGGAGCAAUCCAGGUGACCAGGCGUACUCAGAAGCUUAAUAUAACAAUUUCAAUUUCCUGCUGUGAUGUGAGGAAAGGGAUAUUAAAAAAGCACAUCGAGGAUGCCCUAGCUGCCCUUGAAGAUUUGGCCGUUAAACCAACUUUAAGGGACCCACGACUGAAUUCUGCUGAGUGUAUUAUGGAAGGACAUCAGUUAGACAUUACUGCUACGGGACACAGUGAACGGAUUGUAGUGGUGUUACUGUGCUCCUCUAUCUUUUCAGUGAUGAGUGGACCAUUUUUGGCCUUCUUUGCAUGGCAAUAUCGGGAGACCCAGAAAAAAAUUGAGCAGAAGACCAUGGAUUUUGUUUGUUUGUUUUUUUUAUUUAUCGUAUUAUUCCCUGUAUACAUAGUUAAAAUGAUAUUGGUUCUUUCGAUUGAAAAAGAAAAUUUUCCUAAAUGUAUCCUGGUAAUACAACCAGCUAUUCUCGCUCUGGGUAUCGUAUUCUUUGCUGUCACAUGUUGCUACAGUCAUGCUAAAUGUUUUAAAUGUUUUAAAUGUUGUAAAUGUUUUAAAUGUAUUGACCUCAAAUGUAACGACUUUAAGUUAGGCCUUUAUAUCGUGUUUGCAAACUUUGUCGCUUACCAUUUUUGUUGGCUUAUUGUUGGUAUCAUGCUCAAUCCGAUUUGGGGUCUUUUUGUUUUGCUUGGAAUUUGCCUUUUCGUUGGUGUCUUUUCAUACUCUGUCUAUCAGUACUGUUAUUCCACAAAUCAGUCUUCAGGCCCUGAGAAUGAAAAUGACGAUGGUAAUACUACUAAUACUAAUCAGUCUUCAGGCCCUGGGUAUGGUAAUGGCGAUGGUAAUACUACUAAUACUAAUACUAAUGAUGUUCCCGUCAUUUCGCGGUGCCAGUCUUUUUACUGGAGUUUUUCUUGCGUUCUUGCCACUACUUGUCUUUUGAUUGUGACGGUCCUUACUGGGCAGUCGUAUAAUGGGAAGGAAACUGCCGAUCAAGUUUUAAAGGAUGUACUUGUGUAUCUAAUUCCUUUUUUAUUUGGGUGGGUUUGUUGGAAGAAUCGUAAUAUGAAAAAUGUUACACGUACCACAAGUCCCCAGCCAAAUCCUAAUGGAAAUCCAUCAAUUUAUGUUCCCCUCGGACAAAUUGAAGAAGCGGGCUAAAUGAAGGCAGUGAUCGAUUCAAAAUGGCGACUUUCUAUUUAUUGACUGAGUGAGAGGCUAGAACGGGAAAAUUGUAGGGUUCUUUCUCCAUGAAUACGUUUUUCCUUUCUGUCUGACGAAACUCAAUCUAUGAGUACUUUAUCAUAUGACCACCAAGUCCUCAUGUUAAACUUAUGAGUUAUAUUUGCGCCUACAUUCAAAGGGUGUGCGCUGGACAACUGUGAAAAAAGUCUACAGAUCAAUUUAAAGUUUUGAAACAUGAAUAUUACGGUCUCACCCACCGCUAUUCUACAGGAAAGCACUGAUUCUGAAAGCUGAAGUGUAUAUUGCCGGACACGUUGAUUUAAACAGGUCCGGAAAAAGCGGCCCGGCUUGCAAUUGCGGGGCUCUUUUACAUUUCCAAGAAACCGAAUUCAAGUUGUGGUCUUCAACUUAGGAUGAAAUAAUAUUGAGAAAGUAAUUCAUGUUUUUUAUGAAGUGUGAGGUCCUUUUUCGACCUUGGGAAAUAAGGGAAAGGUUUCCCUUUUAGGAUGCUUUUUGACGGUGUCCAGGACGAGCCUUUCAUAUGUAUGUAUCUGUGCCUUUUUUUAUUCAAACACAGAUUCAAAACUUUGAAUACUCAGUGGUCAUGUGGGAAAAAAAUUCACCGUUCUUAAGAAGAGUCUAAAAGUCGAAGAUCGCCAAAUUUCGUUGAAUCAAAGCUAAUUUCGUUGCUUGAAAGAGCUACAUGUUCUUUCAUUUGUUUAUCAAAUCGAGUAUUUUUUAGCAUAUUCACUUUUCACUUUGAGUUCCAAGAGGUCGAUCUCAAUCGCGAUGGAACAGAAAAACGAUCUCAAACGUUUUAAAACCUCACGGCCAAACUUGUUGGGAACUGAAGUGAAACUGCGCGCUCCAUGGUCUAUUCGCACGGCCUUGCGUUUAUGUAAUCAAUAGCCACCAUGGUGCUAAAGUAUUCUAAGAUUUAUCCGCGGACAAUUAACUGUUGCGAGAUGCGAACGGUUUUCUGAAAGCAAAGCUCGAGGAAAACGGUGAGCUACAACAGAAUAGAUGAUUUAAGAUAUAGCACAGGUUUUCAAUCUUUUUCUUUGGGUUUAUUAGAUGGUCUUUCCAUUUGCGUUCUCUCAGUUGUGGUGAUUCGUACUCGGCACUUACUUCGUGAAAAAACUUUUUGAUAAAGAAUCUUACCAGAUGCCGGUUGAAAAGUUUAGUCACCUUUUAAGUGUAGUGCACAACUAUUAAGUCUUAUCUUAUGGUCUUAUAGUUCUCUAACAGGUUAGAAUUUUUGAAAAUUGUUUUUAUGUAGGAUAGGAUUUAUAGGAGACAGAAGUAAUAUUCCAGAAAGCAAUCGCAACUUUACUGACUUUACUUAACUGGGAACAUUAUGACUGAAUCUCAUAAGAAAUGGAAAUGACUAUUAUCAUUCUACGUCAAUUGUCUUAAAGUGUAAGUGUACGUAGGAUUAUUGCUGACAAACCCGCUAGAUGGAGAUAUAACGUAACAAUUUAGUAUUUCUGUAGAAUAGUUUCACAGAAUUGUGUAAUCAUUACGACAUUUGUUUCGGACAGUCACUUGAUUGACGGUGCUUUCUAUGUCGUUUCGUUACUAUAUGAAUAUACUAUCAUAGGCAAUAUUACAUCUGCAUUAUUUUAGUAGUAUAGUUAGGUAAAUAUUUAGACCUUCUCGAUUAUUGUCUGCUAUCUGUAAGUUAUUUUUUUGUGAUUAAAAUGCCAAAAAUAAG